AUGUCAACUCCGACUCCCGUAAUCCCCGCUCCGCGCGGAUACAGACGUUACUUGUGGUCUGCAUUUCACCGAAGGCUUGCUCACACCGUCCUGCGGUCCCUCACCCUCGGCGUGAAUAACGUUGUUUGGAUUGGCUCUCAGAAGAAAUAUUUCUGGUCAUGGUUCCCUAUUGGGCCAGCCUUCCUCAAAGCCCUGGUGUUUUCCUUUUCCAGCCUCUCAAUCUUCUGUCUCCAGGUAGGAACACUGGAUAUAGGCCUACGGACGAGCUCUCCACCUUUGGCAACACUCAGCAGGAACUUGUUGAGCCUGGUCGCUUUAAAAACAUUCUUCUGGUACUCGAUUUCCGCUUUCUGGUUUAGUGAAGCAUAUAUUUGGUCGUCUCCAGAUCUGAGCUGGGUAACCAAGGGAUCUCAUACUACAUCCGACCGCUUGAACGAACGCCCUAUCUUUUUCCGAGCCUAUGCCUUGAUGCUCGCACAGGCGGCAGCGAUAACUCACCUUUACUACGGUUAUUCUUCACUACGAAUCCCUAUCUCAAAGGUACCAUCCGCCUCUGCCCCUACCGAUGUAGCAAGUCAGAACACACACCCACUUGAAUCAAGAUGGUCCCAGGUCAGGCAAGCUUUCGGACCCGCCAUUCUGCGAAGUGCUCGAGAUGCAGCAAUCUGGAUCGGCUUAGGUCCCUUUCUCUACACAUUACUAUUCCGAAAAAUUCUUUGGGGGUGCCACCUUGCGUUUGCAAAGCUUUGGUUUAAAAUUUCACGAGCAGAUGCAUAUCCAAGUGGUUAUCCUCCACUGGGUAUUCCAUACCUCACUCAGAGCUAUCUAGCUGGUGUCUUCCUUCUCUUCACAUGGGCUAUUUCCAAAAGCCUGUUCCUGAUAUAUUUCACGCAAGAACCUACGAAAAUGGGCUUACCGCUAUCUGCGUCUAGCAAAGAUCCGAAUGGGACGCUCUUAUUGGGCCUAAAGGCGAAGAGCAUUGUGAAGACUUUUGCUUUCUGGGAGUUGACCAUUAUUGCCCAGAAGCACAAGGAUCGAAGACAGACAAUCUUUGAAGAUAUCGAAAGACCUACUGGCCCCAUGUGGCCCCAAAUGCUGCAAUCUGGUCUGAAAGUCUUGCAGGACAUUGAACUGCGAAUCAACGGGCCUCCUCCAAAGCCAGCUGUGGCAGGUCAGCAACAACAUAUCAAAACCAUGCCAAGAAUCGUGCCUCAGCUACCAGAUCAGUCGGUAACCCCACCAAAACCCAAGCCAACUAUUCGACAAUUGCUAGUAGAAGAGACCAUAGGUCAGGUUGUAAGCGAUAAAAACCCCUGGCGGCCGCCCGUCGACCAGACCACCAAAGCUGUCGAGUCAGUGUUCCUUGAUUAUUUCAGCCCUCCAUUCAAGAGGUUCAUCACGCAGACCUUGGGAUCACUACCAAGCUCGGUGACUUCUCUGUUCAUAACUUCAAAUUCUGCUAAGAUUAAUGCAACUGUGCUGGGAUCCCCGACUGGCAAUGAAGCAUUAAUCGUCGACGUGAUCGAAUCCAUUACGAAGAUGCUGUUAGCCAGCCUUUCUGAGGAUACCUAUGGCAAGGCAACUCCUACAGUCUCCGAGACUGUCCGAACGUUUACGAAAACUCUGACAUCAAUUGAAAGCUUUGUGGAGGCCAAUAAGGCCGGAACGAAGGGUUGCAUUGAAGAGGUUGAAAUCAUUGUAGAGCGACUUAGGGCCGGAUUACGGGAAUUAUUGGCUGCUUUCCAGAUUUACCUGCUGGAUGUUGGCCUGGGCAUUGCUGAUCUCAACCAGGCUAAAAAGGCAGUCGCAGGUCCCCAAACAACGGACAUCAUCGGCCAGCCUCAUCAAGGAAAGACAUCCCCUGACAAUGGUGACCAGCGAGAUGCAUUUUCUGGUAGGCAAGGCAGCCAAAGAACUGCAGAAUAUAUCAGAGACCAACCUCGUCAGCAAACGAAUAAUGUACGGAAACGACCGCCUGGAAGUAUAAACGGCCGAUUAUUCCCAAGGAGGGAAAUGGAAGAGGUCAGAUGA